GGAGGGCAAAGCCAUGGAAUUGGGCGAGCCAGGUGAGCCAGGUGAGCCAGGUCCUGACCCACCAGGUCUGCGCAUAAAUUCCAAGGGUUCUCGAUACUCUCGAGAUUCUUCUGGCAGCUGGGACAGCGGAGUCAGUGUAGAGACGAGCAAUGCCAGCAACCCGUCCAAUCUGUCGAGCCCCUCCAAGCGAAAGAAGCAGUUCUUCAAGUCCUGCACAGCCACCCGGGACUUCGACACAAUCGAGCUCCAUCCAACAAGUGGAAGAAUCAUACGAGUGCUCACGAAUUGUUUGAAUUCUACUUGGCUGGACGUUUUCUCUGGAACAGUCGUCUUGGCGGACAUGGUUCUGACAUGUGUGGAUAUUGAUAUGCGUGCUGCCGGAGUCGCGGAUCCAACCUGGGCUUUCUUGGCAUGCCAAGGUUGUUUAGUUUUCUACACAUCAGAAGCAGCGGCCGAAUUGAUCGUGCGCGGGCCGCGUGUGGUCUUCCGCUCCUUGGAUUGGCUCCUUGACAUGGGCAUCAUCUCAGCAUCUCUCGUCGAGCUAUUUUUUCUGCUGUCCGGGAGUGCCGUGGAGGAAGUUCGCAUCCUGAAAUUGCUGAGAAUUUGUCGGGUGAUGCGCCUGAUACGCUUCAUUCGCAAAGCUCCAUCCUUGCGAGAGCUACGCAAACUCAUGAUGAUGUUUGCAAGUGUGAUUCGAACUUUAGCCUGGUCUUUUCUCUUUUGCUUCAUUGCGAUGACUCUUUGGUCGAUGAUUUCUGUGGAAUUGAUACAUCCUGUAGUUCAAGAGUUGGCAGCACAGGGCACUUGGAAUGAUUGUGGCACCUGUUCAGAUUCAUUUGCAACGAUUAUGCAGUCCAAUUUGACGUUUCUGAAGACUUUGUUGGCUGGAGAUAGCUGGGGGCAAAUUGCAGUCCCUGUCAUGACAAAGCAACCUCUUACUGUGAUCAUUUUUGUUGGAGCGCUGGUAUCCAUCGUCUAUGGCAUUUUGAAUCUGAUCGUUGCGGUCAUCGUCGAUGCUGCAGUUGAGCAGCGGGAGAAGGAUAUAACGACACUGGCAGCUGAUUUGGAUUAUGAACUGGAAGAAGACCUAAAACUCUUGGGACGAGUAUUCCAACAGGUGGACCUCAAUGCAGAUGGUGAACUCUCCCUGCAUGAACUCGUCACCGGGGCAGAAAAUGUGCCGGAGUUUCAAAGCCGACUGCGGGUGAUGGACAUUGAUGCUGCAGAACUUGAACAGCUUUUCCACAUACUGGAUGAAGAUGGUGGUGGCAGCAUUAGCAAAGACGAGUUUAAAUUUGCAUUGAGUCGCUGGAUGAGGGAAAGUAAAACAGCCAAUCACUUCGUCAAGUACAUGGUGAGCAAUCUCUCCGUGAACCAAAGCCAGCUGCAGGAUCAAGUCAGGCAAAUCAGCAGGGCAGUCGCCACAUUGGCAGCUGACACUUCAACUUUGCGGAGAGUGGAAGAGUCUAUCCCCAGCAAGCUCACAAAGACCAAAAGCUCAAAGAGUCUGGACGCUGCAACUGCUCAGACGUUGCAAGUUGUCACAGUCGCUGGUCCUCCCAGUCCUGAGAACGCGUCGCAACUGCCCACAUUGCUUCAGAGACUUGACGACGGCCAUGGCAUGGAAGUGCAAGCAAUGCCAGAUGAAACCAGACCUUCGAUGAGUGCAAUUUUGCAGUUGCUGCAGGAUGCUGAUGCGCUACUGCUAAAGAAGAAGCGUUUGACAGCAGCUGCCAGUGAAGUCGAUCGCUCGCUGAAGACAACUCUUGACAAAGCGUCCGUGGCAAUGCAGCGCUGGACGUUGUUGCAGCCAGGCGCAAGCGAUGGACAGACCCGUGGUGAGGUCAGGCCAACGCACCCGCCUGCAGCACAGCCGAGAAAGCACACUCCAGUGAUAUGCCCCAUUUAGUGAUUGAGAUACAGAUAGACGAAGUAGAUGGAAAAAGUAUGAGAGGGCAUGAUAGACUUGAAGAAGAGCUGCUAAACUGAAAGCAAGGGCGCUUCAAUCACUGAACAGCAUGUUGAUGCCUUUUGCAAAGCAAAGUGCAUUCCUGGUGGAUUGCUCUAAGAAGAGUCAAGAAGGCCAAGCCAUGCGUUCGAACAUAUUCUGGGUGUUGUAAGAUGUUGUAGAUUGAGAUGAUCAAGCACAAUGGCUUGGUCAACACCAGCAAAGCUCAGAUGCGCGUUUUCUCUCUCUCUCUCACAAUUUGCAUCAAGUUGCUACAGUUGCAUGACAUGAUACAUUUUACCCUUGCAGAGGUUUAGAGCAUCCUGAAUGAAAGCAAGGGUCGCAGUUGAAUGCAUUCAAACUGCUUUAAUUUGGCUUUCCAGAAUGUGUACAGUUGCAAGCAGCUUUUAUGUCAGCCCAGUGUGAUGGUUUGCGUCCUAUUCGGAGCGCAACAAACAAAAGCUUGAGACGAGG